AUGUGUCUUCCAAGGAUUAUACUAUGUCUCAUAACACUCCUUCGGCUUGCGUCUUCCAAAAGAUGUGUCAUGUACCUUACGGGACAACAUGACGUAGUUCCGGACUUAUCUCUCGUUUCAGAUGUGACCCACGUCGCUCUAGCUUUUAUGUCUUCAUCCAUAUUCAAUACCCCAGAUGCAUCCACAUGGCCGCUAUUCACUAGCGUUGAGCGUGUCCGUGAAAAGUUUCCCGUAGACACAGCCGUCAUGGUUGCCAUUGGCGGCUGGGGUAACACGGAUGGGUUUUCUGCAGCUGCUGCAAGUGACGAGAGUAGAAAGCUGUUUGCUUCUAAUAUCCAGAGAAUGGUCAACCAGACCGGGGCAGAUGGUGUCGACAUUGAUUGGGAGUACCCUGGUGGAAACGGAGAAGACUACAAGCAAAUUUCGAACUCCAAAAAGAAGUGGGAAAUUGAUGCAUAUCCCAAGUUGGUCGCAGAAAUUCGGACAGCGCUCGGCCCAGACAAGUUGAUAUCAGCCGCCGUACCUGGACUGCGACGAGACAUGAUAGCUUUUACCAAUGAGAACAUCGCAGCUCUCAGUGACUCGUUAAACUUUUUCAAUAUUAUGACUUAUGAUCUGAUGAACAGGCGGGACAACAUUACGAAGCAUCACACAGGUAUACAACUAUCCUUGGAUGCAAUUGAUGCGUACCUCGAAAAUGGUCUCGCUCCUGAAAUGGCCAAUCUUGGGCUUGCCUUUUAUGUCAAGUGGUUUAAAACUAGCCCCGAUGGAGGCUGUUCAAAGAAUCCUAUUGGAUGCAAAACUAUACUGAUGGAAGACCCGACAACUGGUGCUGACCUCGGACAAGCAGGUGCCUUUUCCUGGCAUGACUCGGUUCCAUUGGAACUAAAAGAUUCGUUCGACCGAGCUUUAGGAAACGGUCGAUAUGAUCCAAGGGGUGGUGGCCAUUACUUUUGGGACAAGACGGAGAACAUUUUUUGGACGUGGGAUACUCCGGAUGCGAUCGCAGAAAAGGUUCCAUCUCUUGUAGGUCGGAAACAACUCGGUGGUGUUUUUGCUUGGGGGUUGGGCGAGGAUGCUCCGGACUUCAAAAACUUGCAGGCUUUGACGACAGGUUAUCAAAGCAUCUACGAGGAACCUGGCCAAGGAGCUACCGUUCAUCCGCCUGAAAAACCGUCAACACCGGGUGGCCAGUCGAGAGACGAGCUAUAA